CCUUGGGCCGGCUCUGGCUCUUAAUCAACUCCAAACUUCAUUAUUCCCUCUGUGACCAGGUCGGAGGGGAAAAAGUGGAGGAAACAUGAGUUAAUAGGCAGCUCCUCUGCAAACACUGGGGGUCUUCAUAAAUGGGAAGCAAUCACACAGUUCAAAUAUACAGCAGCUGGAAUCUGGGACAAAUUGAAGAGGCAGGUAAGUUUAAUAAUCUCCUGUGAUCGUCCUGGUCGAAUGCAGACAGAGAGGCGAAGCGUCGACUGAUGAGGACACGAGGAGCGCUGGUCUAAAGUUACAGGUCCUGCAGCUUCAGGAAUCCUCAGAAAGAUCCGUGUCUGAGCGGCACCAUCGUUCUGCCAAUGUGACUGAUUGACCCAGUAGAUGAACAGUAAAGAUUAAGAGGAUGACAAACAGGCAUGCUGCUUACACAGCACUUGGGGCUUAAUCCUCCACCCCUCCACCCCUCGGGUCCCUUUUGAGGACCUGCUGCUGAGGCGGACUCACAGACGGCGGCGGCGUUCCAAGCAGGGAGGACACACGGACUUGUUGAUGCUCAACAAGGGGCCACUCUAGAUCCUCUGACUCCACACCGCUUCAAACAAGGCCCAGAAAUUUAGGAAGUCUGCAUUUUUAUAUCUUAAAGUAAAAAAAGAGAAACACUUCUUUAUUGGUGAUUAAUUAUGGAGGAUCACCUGACGAAGAUCCCCAUGAUGCCUUCAGCUUCUCCAGCUGAAUCUUCUGCCAGCGGCGGGACGGAGGACAGCAGAGGAGCCAAGAGUCCAGCUCCAGGAAAAGCUCUGAGUCCGGCGCUGGUGUGCAAAGUGUGCGGCGACACCAGCAGCGGGAAACAUUACGGCAUCUACGCCUGCAACGGCUGCAGCGGCUUCUUCAAGCGCAGCGUGAGGAGGAGGCUCAUCUACAGGUGCCAGGCCGGUACUGGGAUGUGUCCUGUUGACAAAGCCCAUCGGAACCAAUGCCAGGCGUGUCGGCUAAAGAAGUGUCUGCAGGCGGGCAUGAAUAAGGAUGCCGUGCAGAACGAGCGGCAGCCUCGCAGCACCGCUCAGGUCCGUCUGGACUCCAUCGACGUCGACCCUGAGAAGGAGCACCUGGCCACAACACGGGAGCCCACCUCCUCCUCUUCGUCCUCCUCUUCGUCCUCCUCCUCAGCCUCCAGCGGCUCUGUCAUCACUUGGCCCCACAUCACCUCCUCCAUGUCCAUCAGUUCCUCUGUGGCGCCGCCGCGCUGCGUCAGCCCCCAGAACAACCACCGCUUCAUGGCCAGCCUCAUGACGGCCGAGACCUGCGCCAAGCUGGAGCCCGAGGACGUUGAUGAAAACAUUGACGUGACGAGCAACGAGCCGGAGAGGGCGUCCUCGGAGUACCACAUGGCUCUGUACCCGUCCAGCUCCGAAAACGUCUACGAGACCUCGGCGAGGCUGCUCUUCAUGUCGGUGAAAUGGGCCAAGAACCUGCCAGUUUUCUCCAACCUGCCCUUCAGAGACCAGGUGAUCCUGCUGGAGGAAGCGUGGAGCGAGCUGUUCCUGCUCUGCGCCAUCCAGUGGUCUCUCCCUCUGGAGAGCUGCCCGCUGCUCUCCCUGCCUGACCUUUGCCCCGGCAUGCAGGGCAAAACCAGCUACACCACCCUGGACCUGCGCCUCCUGCAGGAGGCCUUCAGCCGCUUCAAGGCCCUCGCUGUCGACCCCACAGAGUUCGCCUGCCUCAAGGCCAUCGUGCUCUUCAAGCCAGAGACUCGAGGUUUGAAGGAUCCAGAACAGGUGGAGAACCUCCAGGAUCAGUCCCAAGUCAUGCUGGGACAACACAUCCGCUCACACUACCCGACCCAACCUGCCAGGUUCGGAAAGCUGCUUCUCAUCCUUCCCUCGCUGCGUUUCGUGAACUCGGAGCGGAUAGAGCUGCUGUUUUUCCACAGAACCAUCGGAAACACUCCCAUGGAGAAACUCCUGUGCGACAUGUUCAAAAACUAAAUGAUCUCAUGCAGUCAUCUAAUUUCUCCCUAAUUGGAUUCAAUAUUUGCUUUUUUUCUUCUGUAUAAAUAUUUAAUAAUUAUGCAUGCUGUUAUUUUUGUAAAUGUCCUUUUAUUGUUGGGUAAUUGCUUCCAUAUUGGGUCGUUCUGGAUGAUAAAAAUCCAGCUCAUCCUCUGUCAGUUUUUAUCAUAUUUAGAGGCUGAUUUGUUUCUGAAAAAAAAACCCUUGUUUUUCUGGAAAUGUGACCCAGAUCUUUUAUCGUUUGUUCAUAGAUGAACUGUUUAUAUCUUUUGUCACUAAUGGGAAUCCCUUGUUUGUGUUUUUGUGUGUUGAUAAAGUGUAAAGAACUCUAAUAA